UGGGCAGGCAUUGAAGAUCAUCUGACGGAGUACGACACUGGAUUGGUGAAGGACCAUGUGGAUGAUAUCGACACGCUGUUGGUGUUCGCAGGUCUCUUCUCCGCAAUCCUGACUGCAUUCGUCGUCGAAACGUAUACCAUGCUCCAGCCGGACAACACAGACACGACAAACCAACUUCUCGCAUACGGCUUAUCUUUACAAGCUCCACCCUCCUCGAUCCCAAAUGCUGUUAACGCCACGAUGUCGGCUUUUUUGAACCCUGCGCCGUUUUCUCCAUCUGCGUCUGCUCGCUGGAUCAAUGCUUUAUUCUUCGCAAGUCUUCUGCUUAGCCUUGCCGCAGCACUCUUCGGCAUACUCGCAAAACAAUGGCUUCGAGAGUUUAUGCAA